GGUGGCAGCAGGAGGGAGAGGGAGGAGGUGGGGAGAGAAAACCCAAUUCACCCCCUUCCUUUUUAAUUCUUUCUCCUGGUGUGUCUGCUCCACCGCCCGAGCUAAUCCCCCAAAUCCGGUCUCCUAAGCCGCAGCUGCUUUCCUUCGCAGUGAUGAAUGGCUCGGGGAGGGAAGACCCUCAAAACCCUUUCUCCUCAAGUAGACAGAGCAGGAGGAAGUUCAUCAGGACCUACCUUUUCCAGGAAGCCCUCCUGUUGGUGCUGAGACACUCUGCAAAGUGUGAAGGGAUCAAGGCAGUGUGGGCAAAGCAGAGAGAGACGUGGAGGCACAGCCCCGACAGCUCCCCAGAUCUUCUCCGGUGAGCAUCCCCCCAGCCUGGCCCAGGGCAUGCCCCAGUUCACUUUUGCCUGCUUCUGUGGCCUCCACGGCUUCUGCAAGAUGAAGAGGAAGAAGGAGGAAGUUCACAGACAGCGGGAAACGGCCGUGUGAGCUGGACCGGGGCCCCUUCUGCAGCCUCCAGCAGGUUCCAGGCCUGAGGGCGCGCCCACAUCUGGAAGGACCGCCUGGCCUUCUGGAGACCGGGAGACCAAGAAGCCUCGGGGCGGCCCCAGGAGUGAAACUUCUUUCCUGCCCUCAGGGCUCCAAGCCCUCCACUCAGGGUGACUCUUCCGCUGAGGGAUGUACCGCCUUGGUGGGCUAGGAGCGCUGCUCCUGGAUAGGAAACUGGACCUCCCAGCAGCCCCCACGCCGGGGGAGGCCUCAGGCAGGCCAGGCCGAGUGGCGGCGUAAGAGGAGCCCCCCUCCAAAGCCAGGAUGCAGUCUCUCCUGGGAGCCCCGGACUUGAGGCAGGAGCCUCUCCGGAGGAGCAUCCCUGAGAGAAGGGUCCUUUCCUGUCCCCUCCCAGCGUUCUCCUGGGCCAGGUGGAGCCAGGACCAAGGCGGGCAGCCAGGUUGGGAGUCGGACGGCAGAGUCGGGACAGUGAGAGGCAGGCAACGUCCUCAUGGCAGGAGGCCAGCUCGGUGUCCCCUGGGCGCCUCCCUCUCCCGCACUCCAGAAGGCAGCUUUCUCUCCAGGCCUGGCCUCGCAGACCCUCUGAGCCCUGUCACGCCUCCUUGCAGCUGCACAGAUGUGGGGGCCUGUCUCCCAGGCCCUGACUCCCCUUCUUGGGAACUGUCAUCCAGGACCAGACUGUGGGGCCCCCUUCCUGGACUGUGCCGUGUCCUCCCUUUAUUCUCCUGUCUCCUCGCCUCGCCCACCUGCCUCUACUUCCUGUCCUCAGAAGCCAUAGAGAGGGAAGGGCUUGCAUGUUGUGCCUUUGGGGGAAACGGGGUAGAGGGACCCUCUAGGACCUGCCUUGCCUUUUCCCGCUAAUCUCUCCACUAACCUCAGUCUUCCAGGGUCAGUCUCAGCCCCCUCUCCCAGCCUAUUUCCAGCCGGUAAGAAGCAGACAAAACCCCCUUUCCUUCUUCCUUCCUUCCCUCCUCCCUCCUCCCAUGUGAUCUAACUUACCCUUCGGUCACAGUGCCCGAACCUCUCGGGUGCUAGAGGGUCACACGGACAGCAAUGGUAGUGGCAGAGACACUUUGGGCAGAUUCUGUAGCUUUAGCAAGUCUGCCCUCUCUCCUUCAGCACAGAAAAGGUCGGCCCAGGAACAAAGUCAGAUGCCCGGCAGCCUCUGGGGACAGAAUAUUCUUUCUGACAGUUAACAGGUGGGCUGGGGAGAGGAGGUCAGGAUCCCAGGACUGAAGGUGGGGCUGUGUGCCCUUUUCCUUGGAAUGUGCCUCUCUGGGCAGUCAGGGAGGGCAGAAGACCACCUGUGCUGGUUCAUCCGGAACCUGGGAGAAGCAAAGGCACAUUCUGUCCUCGCAGCUUUUCUUUGCCUGUCCAGCUCAUGCCCCAUGCUCAGGGGCAUUUCCUGAGCUUCUGGCAGAUUUGGUGGGAGACAGGUCAUCUUUGUGAAGCCAGAGCACUGCUUACGAUCCCUCUCCUCCCAUCCUCCAACCACCUCCUUUGCCCCUAGCACCCAGCCCCAGACCUGUACAAUCUGUUAGUUCCUUUUAUAUCCAAAGAACUAUAAACAGAAGUCCUUCCCUCAAGGAAACAGCAAUAAAGGCCAGUGGGGUCACAAGGGACGGAGGAAAAGCUCCCCGGUUCUUUGGCCUCUUGGACGGGUAGAGGCCUUGGAAGAGGCAGAGACGGGCAGAAAACGCUUUCAAGGGUACCUUGAUCAGGCGGCAGGGGAGCCCGCCUGGAGGGCAUGUGUGUCCCUAGCGGUGGCCUGUGAGGCUGCAGGCCUAGAGAAGCCACUCUUGCGGUGGAGGAUGAAAUUGUAUCCCUGGAACCUCAGAGGUGUUGGGUGUUAGGUCCUGGCCACAUGGGCUCACCGGGAAGGAAAGGUCAGGAGAGGUGGCGAAGGAGGGUUUUGCCCCUGUGUACCUCUCGGGGCUCGGCAGCGAUGUCCGCUGCAAGGGUCUGGCAGUAAGCCCGUCCAGAGAGCUUCUUUCCCCCGGGGAGAACUCCUUUGACUCCAAAGGGAUACCGGAUAUCUGGAGCCCCUGCUACGGGAGCAUGGGAGAGGUCCCAAGGUCAGGGCAUCACUGGUCUGAGUGGAGGGCUAGCUGUGCCUGCAGACAGCAGCCCGUGGCCCCUCUUUCAUCCAGGGUGAAGGUGGGGGCAAAUGCCUUGCUGAGUAGGAGGCGGCAACAGCUUUGAGCCAGACCCACCCCUCGUCCCAUCCCACCGUCCCUCCCUCGGUCUCCUUCUCAGGGAAAUGGUGACUUGGCCCCUCUCAGCGCCUGGAGCCGAUCUGGAGACCUGUGCCUGCCCGUCUGCCUCUGGGUGAGCCCAGGGGAGAGGUUUCAUCCAAAAAUGCAGAAGCAGCCCUCGUGUCCACAGACCGUGCGCCCCAGGCCUCCGGCUCACAGUCCGGGCUUCUCUUCCUUCUGUUGCUUUUGGGGCAUCGAGGUCUGGCCACCCCGUUUAUUGCCCUGCCCUGAGGCUCCUCCCCAGGGGACAGGUUGGACCAUUUUGCCCUCCCCGUUCCUAAUUCCCUCCACCCCACAGUUCUCUCCCAGACUCUACCUUGAGGAGGGGGACGGGAACUCCUGGGUGGAAGAAGAGGACACAAGAGUCGAUGGUCCUGGAAGGAGGCGGGCCUCUCCUUCUUGCUGUGUGGCACUGAGUCCUUGCUGGAGGGCGGGAGGCCCUGGCCUCCCUGGGCCUCGGUUUUCCCCUCUUGUGCUGCGGGCUGUUGAAUGGGGGAUAAAGAAACGUGAGGGGUGCAUGAGGUUCUUGUGACUCGAAUGUUGUCUGGGGCCGGGCCCUAGGGAGCCCGAGGGGCUUCUUGAAGUCUUUGAUUUGAUUUGAUUUGAUUUGAUUUUUGUAGAAUAUCAUUUCCUUCUCCACUCCCAGGGAAGGGCUUCUUGGAUGUCGCAGGAGUCAACAGAAAUAUAUACAGAGAUUGUUAUUUUUGAAACAAAUAAAAAGAGCAAUAAUUUAACUGAAAUAUGC